CAACGCGGGAGAAGCCUACGAGCCGGUGAUUGGAGCCCAGGGCGAGCUCGAGCACCCAGCUCUGCCUCAGGAGCCCAGGCCGCCCCACCGCCCCAGUUCCGGCUGCAGGAGAGGAGCCAUGAGCCACGUCCUGAACGGCCUCGUCCCCUUGGGGCUGGUGCUGCUGGUCUGCGGAGCCCAAGGCUUUUUCCUGCCCAACGUCACGCACUUGGAGAAGCUGCUCAGCAAGUACCGGCAGGACGAGCCCCACUCGCGGGCCCGCAGGGCCAUCCCCAGGUCGGACCAGGAGGAGAUCCUCACGCUGCACAACAAGCUGCGGGGCCAGGUGCACCCCCCGGCCUCCAACAUGGAGCACAUGACCUGGGAUGAAGACCUGGCGAGGUCGGCGGCGGCGUGGGCCCACGAGUGCAUCUGGGAGCACGGGCCCACCAGUCUGCUGGUGGCCAUCGGGCAGAACCUGGCCGUCCACUGGGGCAGGUAUCGCUCUCCCGGGUUCCACGUGCAGUCCUGGUAUGACGAGGUGAAGGACUACACCUACCCCUACCCCCACGAGUGCAACCCCUGGUGCCCAGAGCGGUGCUCCGGGGCCAUGUGCACCCACUACACACAGAUAGUGUGGGCCACCACCAACAGGGUCGGCUGCGCGGUGCACACCUGCCCGAGGAUGAACGUCUGGGGAGACCUCUGGGAGAAUGCGGUCUACCUCGUCUGCAAUUACUCUCCAAAGGGGAACUGGAUUGGAGAGGCCCCGUACAAAACCGGCCGGCCCUGCUCCCAGUGCCCGCCCAGCUACGGAGGAGGCUGCAAGAACAACUUGUGUUACCGAGAAGGGACUUACGUCCAAAAACCUGAAACAGACGAGAUGAACGAGGUGGAGACAGCGCCCGUGACUGAAGGGAAACACGACUGGGUUCAGCCGAGGGUGGUCAGACCCAAGAAAACGUCCACCGUGAGCUACAUGACCCAAGUUGUCAGGUGUGACACCAAGAUGAAGGACAAGUGCAAGGGAUCCACAUGCAACAGGUACCAGUGCCCAGCAGGCUGCCUGAGCAACAAGGCGAAGGUCUUCGGAACUCUCUUUUAUGAAAGUUCGUCCAGCAUAUGCCGGGCCGCCAUUCACUACGGGAUCCUGGACAACAAAGGAGGCCUGGUGGACAUCACCAGGAACGGGCGGGUCCCCUUUUUUGUCAAGUCUGAGAGAAAUGGCAUGGAGUCUUUGAGGCUCCUGUUCACAGUGCAAGACGUGGACUGCUACACCACCGUCGCUCAGCUCUGCCCAUUUGAGAAGCCAGGGACCCACUGCCCAAGAGUUCGUUGUCCGGCGCACUGCAAAGACGAGCCGUCCUACUGGGCUCCUGUGUUUGGCACCAACAUCUACGCAGACACCUCGAGCAUCUGUAAGACGGCUGUGCACGCGGGAGUCAUCAGGAACGACAGCGGGGGCUACGUGGACGUGAUGCCCGUCGAUAAAAAGAAGACGUACGUGGGCUCACUCAGGAACGGGGUUCAGUCUGAAAGCUUGGAGACGGCUCGGGAUGGAAAGGCCUUCCGGAUCUUUGCUGUCAGGCCGUGAACUUGCAGUGCUGGGGAGAAGGGGGUCUUCCAGAGGGCUUCUGGGUUUUGCUUCUUGUUUUUAUUUUAUCAUUUGGGGGUGGGCUGGGGAUAUGGAGUGGCAGGAAACUUCCCUUGAGUGGUGUUCAAUGUCGCAUCCUUCGUGCCUUCAUUUCAUCUCUGUGCCGUGGAGAAACAGCAUCCUCUGGGGCCCGGCCGGCAACUGGCGACUGGUCCUGCCGAGGCCUGGCGGCCUCCAUCUGCUGCCCCCUCUGCACAGACAGUCACUCAAGAUCGUCUUCCUCAUGCAGCCUCAUGGGGAGCGAGGAUUCCAAACCCGUGGAGAGAGCACCAGACUUGGGGAUCCCAGGCUGAGGCCUUCAGGGGUGCAGGAGGAGGCAGGCUGAGCACACGCAAGGGGAGUUUCAGGAAUGGGGUAGAAGGUAGUUAUUUAAAAAAAAAAUUGAAAACACAGUCCGUUCAGAUCAAUGGAGAAAAAUGAGUUUAAUGUUUGCUGGUCAGACAAAUGGGCCAGAACAGGGGGCUGGGGAAGCGAGACUCAGGCUCUGCCCUGGCAACUGUCCUGGCUGGCGUCCUGCCGCGAGCAGGCUGAUUCUAUAAACAGCAGUGCUGGUUUAUUUAGAGUUCAGUAGUAACUCCAGAGAUUUAUCUUGUCUUUGUCCUUCCCUUCGUCCAUGUGGCCGUCUGCUGUCGUGACGUUUGGUCUCGUUGAGGACUAAUGAACCAGGACCCUUUCUUUACCCCCUACCCAUUGUGGCUCACACACCAGCCCAGACUAGUUUAUGUGUCAUAGUUCACACCGGGGUAUUUGCUUUGCAAGCGAUUCUGUUUGAAGCCCACUUAAAAAAACAAAAACACUCCUAGUCUCUGUUGGUUUCACCGAGAUAUCUAAGAACAGCCAAAGAAGAGGGGUUUGGUUGCUGCUUUUAAAAAGUGACAAUUAAACGUGCAGAUUCAACUUCUGUCAGAUGACCUAUUUUUUAGCAGUGGGAGGAAUGGGUUCCUUAAUACCUUCUUCGCCGAGGUUAGCAGCCCUGGGAAGAGGAACAGCCUGUGGUUAUGAAAUGGUCCUGCGGCAUAAUAACCACAAGAGAGAGUAACACUCUAGAAGGAUUCCUCUUCCUGUUUUUGUGGAACAACUCUUGCCAAAUGUUCCUGAGACUCCGAGGAGUGUGGUGCUCUCUGGCUUCCUUCACUUUAUAAAAGUUCUUCAUAAGCCCAGACCAAAACCCACAGUGAAAUAAAAUACCCUUUUGUAAAUAGUGUUUCUUUACAGAAGGUAAAAUUCCACCCUCGAGCAUCAGGCUGGCCAGUAGAUCACCUUUGUGAGCACCAGUUUUCAAAUUUGAUUUCACUCCCCAUCAAAAUAUCUCAAAGGCAAAGGAAUCACCAGGAAAAAAACAAGACCAAAAACAAAACACAACUGGUGCGUUGAGUGCAUUCUUAAUGCAAAAACUGAAGGGGAACAGCUUCUCCCCUCCCCACUCCAGUGAGUUUGUAUAAGCAAUGAAGCUCUUCGCUGCAUGGAGCUGAAAUUUGUGGGGCCAUGCUUUUGCCGUGUGCAUUGUGGGCUUGUAGUAAUUCAUAGGUUCUGACUAUUCAACCCCAUGUGUCAGAGUGAAAGAAUUUGGUCAGCCUGUCAGGUAUUGUGUCCAUUCCCUGCAAAGACCCGAGUCCUCGGAAACUUUGGGUAGUACCAGCUCUGCUCCUGGACUCCUGCGCGUCCGUCACCAGCCUUUGGUGGCUGUGGCUGUGCUCUGUCCAGCCUGCAAGGCUGAGCUUUCAGAAUUAGUGACAGCCCAGGGGGCUUUCCGUGGCUUCUUAAGCCUCGAGCCCGAGGCAGAACCUGAGGUUCCAGAGUAAGCAGACCCAUCACUUUAGAUUACGCUCCCAGGUCCCCGAGUGCCUCCGUGAGUGGGCCCAUCGGUCAAGCGGCCUGCCCAGAGCCAGACCUUGUGUCUUUUCCAUCCUCACGAACAUUUCGAAACUGGAACCGUUUUUCUUCUGAAAAUGAAAACCAAGACCACAAAUCAUAAGCCCUUGUCAUCAGGGACCACCUCUAACUAUGUGUUUCGAGGUGGUGCCUGCUUACACCCAUUUCGCCAUCAGCACUUAACCCAUGAGAAGAUGGAGAAUCAGGCCAACAGGGUUUCUGGGUCUCCUGCCCCCGACAUGAAAAGUUUCGGUUUCCUCCGGAUUUCUGUGCCCUGUGUUCUGAGAUUUCAUAUCGUCUGUAGGCUCACUCGGCCCGCAGCUUACAUGUGUGCUUUUUUUCUAUGAAAAAUGAUGUAUUUUACUACUUCCUAUGUACAAACGUUUACUGUAAAAAAAAAUUUUUUGUGUGCUUUGCAUGAACAGGGACCACAUUGCUAUUGUUUCAAUAAAACUGGUUUGAUUUCUAAAA